AUGUCUGGUAAUGUGGUGUUCGGUCAGCUGGUUGUGGGUCCCGCCGGCUCCGGGAAGACCACAUACUGUCACGUUAUGGCCGAUUACUUGAGACAAUUGGGUCGGACAGUGAUCACUGUCAACAUUGAUCCGGCAAACGAUGUGCUGCCAUACGAACCCACUAUUGAUAUCUCAAAACUGAUCACUUUGUCCGAUGCCAUGGAAUCGAUGUCUUUGGGGCCGAACGGCGGUCUACUCUAUUGCAUGGAUUUCUUGGACCACAACUUUGAUUGGUUUUGCGAUGAGUUGAGGGCAGCCGUGAAGACGAGCACCGAUGGCAAGGAGUCGGCCAUACCUUAUGUCUUAGUGGACAGUCCCGGACAGAUAGAGCUCUACACCAACAACGGUUCCCUCAAAAGUGUUUUAAAUAAAUUGAAUUCAUUGUCAAAGCGAAACACAUUCGCCGACGAAAGCGAGAAGAGUAGUGAUAAGAGUAGUGAUGAAAAUGUAUUGGAUUUACGUUUGGUUUGCGUGAAUAUCGUUGACUCUCACUAUACGAAUGAGGCCUCAAAGUUCAUAUCCGUUGCCAUCAAUUGUCUCCAAUCGAUGAUCCACUUAGAGAUGCCUCACAUCAGUGUCCUCUCGAAAGUGGAUUUGAUCCAAAAGUACGCUAAGACUGACUUUGGCCUCGACUUCUACUGCGAUCUCUUGGACCUCAACUAUUUGGUCGACAAAAUGAAUGAACAAAACGACCCGUUUUUGGCCAAAUACCAGAAACUGACGGCCGCUUUGGCCGGUGUUAUCGAAGACUAUAGUCUGCUAUCAUUUAUUCCUCUGGAUGUGAAUAACGCCAAGUCUGUGAUCCGAGUGCUUAAGUCAUGCGAUCGCGCGAACGGCUAUUACUUGACUGAUUUGAAUGAAGAGGAAUUGUUGCACAACUACUUCAGAGGCAACGGUUCCGCAGACUUCCAGAAUUCAAAAUACGAGGAAUUACUCGAAAAAGUUAUCGAUUAA